AUGAUGUCUAUCUCGGUUAGUUUAUCAGUUUGUGAAUUGGGGGGUUUUUUUUGAUUCAUAUUCAGUUUUUUUCCAGGGAGAUCAUUUUACUUUGCAGUUGGGAUUUUUGCGAAAGUUGGCCAAAACGCUCCUUGAUGUACCAGAAAAAGAUUCCGAAAGUCUCAACCUGCACAAUUCUCUAGUUUUUGAGAAGUAAGAGCUUGAAGCCAUUUGAGGAUUUUCUAUGACUUUGAAAAUUCCUUUCCCGAAAAAUAGGAAGUCUAGCAGGUUGAAAUUUUCAAAAUUUUGAUGUGACACAUCAAGAAAUUUUCUGACUAAUUUUGAGGAAAUUCCCAGCUACAAAAAAAAACCGGACCUCCCCUUCAAUUUAAAGGGUAAAAAAACAUUUUUUUUUUAAUUGGUCUCAGUUUUUAACAAGUCUUAGUUAUCUUAAGAAUGACAGACGUCAAAGAUUCUACUACAAACAUGGGACAAUGUUCAUUAAAGACGAUCAAGACCACCGCACAAAACCGAAAAUAACUAUACCGACGAUCAAGUUCAGUUUGAAUUUUGUACGAAAAACUCUAAUUUUUUUCAGGCUUGAAAAUAGUGUUUUGGAACCGAUGAAUGGUCUUGAAGAGGAAGUAUUAUCAUUUGAUGCUUACACCGAAGAGAAGGGAAUGGAUGAGAACAUCAGAAGAAUCAGGUUUGGAGUAUCUUCAGAAAAGUUUUCUUUUCUCGCAUAAUUCUUUUUACGACAACUAGAAAACAUUUUUCCACCGGCUGAACUUCCGAUGAAACUUGACAUGAACUUGCAAGGCCACCUGAAUCCAGAACAAGGAAAAUAUUCUCGCGGUAGAUCUUUUUUUUUCGAGUUGUGAAGCUUCAAAGUCUGCGAAAUACACAAAUUAUGGAAAAACACUAUUUCAAGCUUUUUGAAGCGUUUUAAUUCGAAAAAUAGAUCAAUUGCGAUCAUGUUUCUUUUUUUUCUGCCAUCAGUUGGUUCUAGAAAAAACAAGCGAAGUUUCAUCAAAAGUUCAAGGGGGGGCGGGGCAACAACGUUUCCUAUUAAGAAAAUCGUUCCCUAGUAAAAAAAAAACCUGAUUUUCUUUUUAGGAACUGCUUUCUAUUUUCCUCAAAUUUAGGGGCAGUUCGGAAAAUAGAAACUCUACGAAAAGAAGACCGAAAUAAAAUAACUCAGGAAAUAUCGCUUGGAAUACCAUCUGGCAGAUGGAAGCGUCGCAAUAGAGGAAAUGUCGCCAACAGAUAGAAAGGUAAUUAACACGAAGCUGGACAAAUUGCACCAGCCUUCUAACGCAGACGCCAUCGCAAUUAAUCAACGACAAAGCGGUGGCCCACCUUCGCUGGAGCGACUUUAACGUUGGCAACAGCGUCACAAUACAAGAAAAGUCCUAUCGAAUAGUCGGCUGUGACCAGAAAACGAGGGUAAUCGAAAAAUGAAAGCAAAAUAAUUUUUUUAAAGGAUUUUUUCGAGAGCAAAGGGGUUGACAUCAGACAGAAUGAAGAAUUGCCGAACAGCUCUUGGGCCGUCGAGAAGGUAUUGACGGCCUCUGAGCCGAGGUCGCGCCAGCCAAAUCGCAGAAACUUGCCGCCUCCGGCUGUUCUCGUCUUUCGAUGCUAUUGGCUGGACGGCUCCUUGGAGAAGCUGGGAGCGCUCUCCAGAAGAAUUUUCAAGUGAUUUUCAUACCGUCUAAAAUAUAACAUGAUUCAAAGAAAAGAUGGCAAAAAAUGCGUUUAAAAAAAUCCACAUGUUUCUACUUUCGUGACCAUAAACUUUUAUGAUUCUACUAGAGAAAUGAAGUUUCGCAGGAAUUCGAAUUCGACCAACUUAGAAUGGAAAUGUUCUAAAAUGAGUUAAAGUUCAAAAACACAUAUUAUUGGAUUAAUUUUUGGGGUUUUUCUCUCAAUGAAGGAAAAUUUCUCUCACAAAAUGAUUUUCGAAAAUCAAAACUAAACUUCAAGUUAAACCAGUUUGCGGAGAGUUUUCUGUUUCGAUUGAUGACGUCACAUGAAUUUUUCUUGAAUUUAAUGAUAACUUUUUGGUCGUUGAAAACUUCGGAAACUCCAACCCGACAGAAUGAAAUAAAUGAUUCCUUGAUCCUUCACCCGAAAUUAAAUCUGAUAUUUGUUCAUUUUUCUGUUUCAAACAUCUCUUUUUGUAUAUUUCCAUUAAAAUGAACUGAUUUUUUUUCAGGAUGUUCGUGUAUCCUGUAGACGAUACUGUGGCAAUGCUUGAGGAAACUGUUGGAUACGAAGGCCAGAUUUUUCUCAAGAGGAUAAAAAUCCCUCAUCCCAAGGAAAAAUGUAGGUUUCUGGUUCGAAUUUGAUCCAAAAAAAUGCUUUGAGCGGAGGAACGAAGCUUCUACCGUUGGUGGGAGUACUCCCCGGAUGCUUGGAUCGACGUUUUCUGUCGUCCGAUGCACAUCUUUGAGUGUGAGGGGAAAGAAACUCUGCAGUAUUUUGACGGGAAAGAAACAUGUGAACAGGUUGUGAAACUUCGAUGUGCAAUGGUAAGUUAAAAAAUUUUUAUUUUUGAAACAGAAAAAUCACAGGUGAACCCCCCGAAAUCCUCCCAUCCACCAACUUUUAUCUUACUCUAUGAUAAGGCCAAAAAACUAGCUGAUGUCUACGAAGAAGGAAACUUGCCUUGGUCACUUCAUUGUAAUUUUCUCGAAAGAGUUUCUACAAACGGCUUGAGGUCCGGACACGUGAAAAGAAUAUAUUCAAUGCAUCAGUUUCAGCGAUUCGACUUUUUCUCCCGGCAACUCGGUAGAUUUGGGUGGCCGCAGAUUUCACAUUCUUCAAGCAGCUACUAGCGAUUGA